AAAAACGGACUGAAGAUGUUUGCAAAAAAAAUAAUAUCUAAUACAUUUAUUGCUAGGUUUACACAUAACUUUUCUUCAGCCUUGUAUAUAACCGGCGACAAAGCUCAUAACAAUUUUGCCGUUUUAACCCCUCACAUUGAUCUUGAUGAAAGAUAUAAUGAUUAUGAGGGCUUACAAUUAAAUAUCAAAGCCCGCGGCCUGUAUAUAGAUUUGGAUUCUUUGGAAAGAAGAUGGUCAUUUUAUUUGAACUUAUUGGACAGGAAGAAUUUAUUAAGUUACACAAAGUCGGAAAUCAGCAAGGAAAUUGGGAAACUUAUGGAAGAUCAGGAGAAAAACAAAGAAGAACUUGAAAAAUUGAAAGUACAUGCUAGAAUUCUUAAAGAUGAGUAUUCUACUAUGAAGGAAUUUUUGUAUGGAGUUGAAGAAUCUGCAGCUCUGAAGGCACUUGAACUACCCAAUGUUCUACACGAAAAAACACCCAUUGGAGAAGAAAAUGUUAUUGCAACAUUCUUUGAGAAACCUGAUCAUGAAAGUAAGUCUCAUAUAGAGAUUGGAACAGAAAAGAAACUAAUAGAACAUACAAAUAAUUCAUUUGUAUUCUUAAUGAAUGAGGCAGCUACAUUUGAAUAUGCUAUAGUUAAUUAUGCACAGAGUAAAUUGUUGGAUUCAUCCUUUACGCAAUUUUCGAAUGCUGACUUUUCCAAGAGCGUGAUUGUGGAAGGCUGUGGAUCAAAUUAUGCAGAUAUAUUCAGCACGAUAACUUUGAAUGAUGGAAACCACUUCAGUCUUAACAGACUACAUUUAACUGGAGGUGCUUCUCAUUACGCUUUCAUGGCGUACUUUACCAAAUAUUCAAUGAUGCCAUCUCAACUGCCUUUAAAAUUGUUUUCCGCUGGUCGAAAAUAUGAGCCAUUAACGAAGGAUGAGCCAAGUUUAUUCAAUUUAGUGCAACAGUCGGCUAUUGAACUCUUCUCUGCUACCAAAUGUUGUAACGUGGAGAUGGACAAAACAUUUGACGAGGUUGUUGAAAAAGUUAUAGAUAUAUAUAAACCAUUGGGAAAUCAUUUCCGUUUAGUGCUUUUACCAGCCAAUAAGAUUGAUAAUUACGAGAGUUUACGGUUAUCCAUUCAAAUGUUUUCGAAUUCAUUGAAAACCUACGUGGAGGUAGGAAAUGUUUCAAUCUGCGAUACGUAUUUGUCAAAACGGUUGUUGUUUACAUACAGUGAAAACAAGGAGCGGAAAUUCCCAAAGGUCAUUACAGGAAAUUUAAUAAAUGUACAAAAACUUCUUGCUUGUCAUAUAGAAAAUAAUCCGGAUGGAGAAUUGAUGUGUGAUUUGCUAAAACAAUAUGCUCCAAUGUAAUUUUUUUCCCUUAAUAACUUAGUUCAUGUACAUUUUGUUAUACUUUUUUUUUAAUAAUUUUAUUUACUUGUUAAGGCAAGUAGAGAAAGAUUUGUAUAUGUGUAAUAAAAACAAGUAAUAAAUAUUUUCAAAUAUUAGAAAAA